CGAUGCCAAAGUUUCAAGGCUUGAUCUGACACGGUUUAUCUGCUGACAUAAGACAAGCGUGAGGUAAGGACUUUGAGAAAACUUUUCUUGUUCAAAUGUUCAUAAGGUGAACACAAAGAAAAAAAUUAAAGAAAUUAAAUCUCAUUAAAUAAUAAUAAUAAUAAAGUUCAUUUCAAAAACACGCUUCAUCCUCAAAUGCUCGAAGCGCGGUACAAAGUUUUAAAAAAAAUAUUUAAAAAAUCUGUAAUUUACCACAUGUAAAACAGAACCAACACUACACAAACUAAUUCAUCAAUGUUUUUUUAGGACAUUAAUUUAAAUUUUAGAGCAUUUUAGUUCUAUUAUGUAAAUUAAAAUUUUAAAUGGCUUGUGGGGAUGGGGGGGGGGGUCUCAACGAUGAUGCACCAAUUAAGGAUGGGGGUAAAAGUCUUAAGACAAACACAAAAAGUUAUUCAAAUCUCGUUCUAUUCAAAUCUCGUUUUUUUCCCCGCCAGGAAAACAAAAAUAAGAUAAAACCGAAAAGUUGGAGAAAAAAAAAUCGUGUCUGCACUAAUCUGAUGCAAUGAUCUGGAUCGUGUCUGUUGUGGCCAUUGUGGUCACAACUUACAUCUUUGUUGACCGAGUUCUGAGAAGUCUUAAGGUCGGCAACUAUGAGGACAAGUACGUCCUCGUGACCGGAUGUGACUCGGGCUUCGGUCAAGAACUGGCCAAGUAAGUAACGAAGACCGGAACGGUCCAUACGAACAAACGAGUUGACGCAUCCGGCAGAAUAGAGAUCACAUGACCAUUAUUUAUGAAUAUAAAAAUAAAUAUAUAAAUCUGUAGAGACAAACUCUUUAUUCAUGGUCAUGGGUUCCUAUCCAGAGUCUUAUUCUCCAAAUCUGACCGGUCAACUAUCGUCUUCUCCAUCUGUCUAGUCGCUUACUUAUUUCUCUCCCGGAUAUAUUAAUUUAAUUUCCAUUUUUAUCUUUGUGGAAAAAGGUAUGGUUUAAAUGUAUACUUUUGUUAAAUACGUCACGAAAUUCAUUAAAACACAAAUCAUUUUUAAGUUAUAAAAAAAAAAAUCAUUUAAAAAUAAUAAAACCCACUUAGUGGAUUUAAACCCACCAUCGCUUCGUAGAAAGGUGGGCUCCUUAACUCAUGAACCACGGUGUUGUUUACAGAUUUUCAAUCUUAGUUAAGAAGUAUCCAAAGCGCGUUGCCCUUGACCUUCAUCAGCUGAUGGAUUUUUAGCAAUGGCGACGUUUGUAUUGUGACGUAAUAUAUUAUGCCAAAAUUUGCAGUGUAUAGAAUAGUGUCUUUGUAAUAUAAAAAGGGCUUUAACUGCAGUCUUUAAAAGCCACGCAUUUCCAGAGGUUGUCUAGCGUUAGCAUUAGUUCCAGACAAUUAGCGUCAAUUCUAUCGGAUCAUGCUGCGACAAAUUCGUGGCUUUGAUCAUACUGCGACAAAUUUGUAGCUUCAUCAUACUGCCACAAAUUCGUAGCUUUGAUCAUACUGCCACAAAUUCGUGGCUUUGAUCAUACUGCCACAAAUUCGUAGCUUUGAUCAUACUGCCACAAAUUCGUAGCUUUGAUCAUACUGCCACAAAUUCGAGCUUUGAUCGUACUACGACAUAGUGAGCUAUUUUUUUUUUUAUGAUAGAUUUAACGACCUUCCCAACAAUUACCCUCUCAUAGAGGAAUAUUUACCUUUCAAGUAGAACUAUUACCUUCUCAUGGGUUCCCUCAUUCGGAAUAUUAUCUUCAUGAGAACCGUAUCCUUUUGGUGAUCAACAAUUACCAUUUACAAAGUCCUAUUACCUUCUAGUGAUGAUUAUUUUAUAUUAGAAGUGUAAUCAAUCGAUAACAUUUCAUAAAGAUAAUUUUUCGCACGAAAGCUAUUACUUCCUCGAGUAGGACUUUAGCCUUCUCUUGUAGGUUUUUUACCUUUUCGUGAAGGACUUUAACCCAAUCUUGAGGACUUUUACUUCUCUUUUAGCAUUUUUACUUCUCAUGUAGGACAUAGAGCUUCUCUUGUAGGAAUUUCACCUCCUCUGCUAGUACGUUUACCUCCUUUUGGAGGACUUUCACCUCUAAUGGAGGACAUCUAAUCAUGAUUAUAAGAUCAGCUUUAACAGAUGUCAAGCUGUUGGGCUUCAGGGUCCACAGAACCCAAGUGGAUAAAGUGCUAAAUGUAGGCCUGGUACUUGUUGAAACGACCUAAAAUAUCAGUACAAAAAGGCGGACUUUCCCAAUGUUACAAAAUCAAUGGACAAAAAAUAUUUGAGACUUUUGCCACUGAGUUCGACAGAUCAAAAAUGUAGUUUAUUAUUAUUUUUGUUUAAGCACUUUACAAUUCAUUUGAAUUUAAUUAAAUAAAACUAGCGGCACGUCACAACGUGUCAAUGGUAGCUACGUCUAGCGGCACGUCACAACGUGUCAAUGGUAGCUACAUCUAGCGGCACGUCACAACGUGUCAAUGGUAGCUACAUCUCUGCUUGUUGGGGCGGUAAAAGUACAGGCUGUGUUGCUUUAAAUAGAAUGAGUAUCGCCCUCUAGGCAGAGAACGAUUUCUCAAGUGUCAAAUUCCGUUGAAUGCUUGUUGUAAAUGCAUCCAACUAUGCGCAUCCUAAUCCACCAUCAGCUUCAGCCAUCUAUAAAUGCCUCAAAAUGUGCGGGUCAUAAUCCACCAAUCAACGUCAUCCAUUUAGGGUUAUCCUGACAUAGCUAAAAUCAUUCAUGCAAAGAUAAAAAUUGUAUGCAAACAUAAUGUGCAGAGGACUUUUAGAUCUGAAAUUGUGGCUGGUCGCAAUUGAGGACGAAAAAAAAUAUAUAUGAGAGAUUGGUGUAAAUUGUACUUUAAGAUAUUUGGCUGAGCCAUUGGUGUCUAUUAGACUUUAAGAUAUAUUUAGCUGCGACAUUGGUGUCAAUGGGACUUAAAGAGAGUGUGGUAUGAUUUUGGUGUCAGUGGAACUUAAAGAGAUGGUGGUGAGACAUUGGUGUCUAAGGGACUUUAAGAGAUUUGGGGUGAGACAUUGGUGUCUAUGACACUUUAAGAGAUUGGGGUGAGACAUUUGUGUCAAUGAGACUUAACGAGGUUGGAGUGAGACAUUAACUUAAAGAGAUGGUGGUGAGACAUUGGUGUCAAAGGGACCUUAAGAGAUUGUGGUGAGACAUUGGUGUCAAAGGGACCCUAUGAGAUUUGGGCUGAGACAUUGGUAUCAAUGGAACCUUAAGAGAUUGUGGUGAGACAUAUGCAACAAUGAGACCUGAAGAUAUUUGGGUAAGACUUUUUUUGACAAGGAGAAAUUUAGAUGUUUUAGACAAAUAGAGCUUUUGAUAGACGCCACGUUUGACAGCUCAAAAAGUUUGGGGCCACUAAACCAGAUUCAUCGGACAGACUGAUAUGUAAGACCCAAUACACCACAUUGAAGGGGUAUCUUAAAAUUUACACAAAAAACGACUCCAUGAAAUGAUGAUGUAGUUCCAGUCUCGAAGUAGCGAAUCUACGUAAGCGUUGAUUAGGUUUUAGAUGUAAACAUAACUGAUUCACAGGGCGUAGAUUUCUUUAGCCUCGAACCCAGUCUUUUGGACUUUACAACUUUGCCCCAAGAUUUAACUAUAUGGAAACGCGGGCUAUAAGGUUUUCAAUCGUUAGAUACUCUGUUAGUCUGUUAUUGCGGGAGAUUUUACUCUGUUACGCUGGUAUUGCUGGAUAUUUUACUCUUUUACUCUGGUAUUGAUGGAUAUUUUUACUCUUUUAGUCUGGUACUGCUGGGGAUUUCACUUUGUUAGGCUGUUAUUGCUAGAAAUUUUACUCUGUUAGUCCGGUAUUGUUGGAUAUUUUACUUUGUUAGUCUGUUAUUGCUGGAGGUUUUACUCUGUUAGUCUGUUAUUGUUGGAUAUUUUACUCCUUUACUCUUGGUACUGCUGGAUAUUUCACUCUUUUAGUCUGGUAUUGCUGAAGGCAGGGUGGUGACAAGGAAAAGUUGCGCCCGGGGCGAAGUCUGAAAAUGGCGUCCACCAAUAUAUAGAAAAAGUUUCGCUCUGGCUGGAGCAUUUAAAUCUUAACUUUUACGGCCCAUUUCAUGUGUGAAGUGCAUGGCAUUCAUAGCGCCAUUCACCAUUAGUGUCUACCGAAAGACGAUUUUGUCAACGCUUAACACUGGCACCCAUGGAGAGUGCCCCCCCCAUUCGCCCACCCCUAUUUGCACUCCCCUGGCUGCAGAAUUUCUUUUUUAGUCUUAGUAUUGCUUGGGGUUUGAACUCCCGUCUAGAAGUAGGUCUCUGCCUUUGACCAUCCAUACACCUAGACCAGUGGUCGGCAAACUCAACAGCAAGAUGAUUACAUUUUUUCUUUUGAGCCCAAAUUUCUUUUCAAAACCUGUCAAGAACCAUUUUUUUCGGAGUCAAAACCGAUUUGUGGCCGACUGGCCGAGCCGCACUCAGGUUGUCAAAGGACCGCAUGCGGCUCGCGAUUUUCCCACCACUGACUUAGACUAUCGGAAAAAAUUCUUUUAAAAAAUUAGGGCCUUAUAAAAUGUAAGUAGGAGUUAGAAACAUUUAAUAAAAUAGCAUUUUUACAACCUUUACAGUAAACUGGAUCUGAAAUUAAACUAGACUCUAUAUUGUAUAUUGGAUGCGAAUGAACCAAAUACCAUUAUUAAUUAUUGCACACAGCCUUGGCCUCAAAGUCUUAUUCUGUUGGUCGCUAAUCUUAACACGCGAACAAGUUAAAAUAUGGCGUGUAUGGAGGAGGCAUGACACUUUCUUACCUGUAGCCUACUGAAGGGAGGAGGCAGGGCACUUUCUUACCUGUAGCCCACUGAAAGGAGGAGGCUGGGCACUUUCUUACCUGAAGCUGGGCACUUUCUUACCUGUAGCCUACGGAAGGGAGGAGGCAGGGCACUUUCUUACCUGUAGCCUACUGAAGGGAUGAGGCUGGGCACUUUCUUACCUGUAGCCUACUGAAGGGAGGAGGCAGGGCACUUCUUACCUGUAGCCUACUGAAGGGAGGAGGCAGGGCACUUUCUUACCUGUAGCCUACUGAAGGGUGUAGGCUGGGCACUUUCUUACCUGUAGCAUACUGAAGGGAGGAGGCUGGGCACUUUCUUACCUGUAGCCUAUUGAAGGGAGUAGGCUGGGCACUUUCUUACCUGUAGCCUACUAAAGUUCAUUCGAUCCUAAUAUAAUUGGUAAAAAAACAACAAUUAAAUGAGGGCCUUUCUGGAAGGUCAAUGGCCUUGAUGUCUGACAGUAGUAAGACAUUUCUUUACAAUGUAUUCGUCAAAGUCUGCUGUGAAUCGUAUACUAUUUUUCAAAUAAAAAUGAACUUGGCAUACAUGGUAAAAUAAUUUUAUUGUAAUACACAGAUGAUACAAUUUAUUAGUCUAAACACAAUCAAGUUAAUUACUGUAUGCUCUAUAACAUCUCCUCUCUUUUCAUUUUUUUUCUUCAGUCCUGUGUGUUUUUGAAAUGUAACAUUUAAUUUCACGAUCUAUUUAUAAUCACGUGGAAGACCAACCUUAUUGUAAAAAAAUAAAUAAUAAUAAGACAUUAUUAUUUACAAAAUACUUGUAGCGUAGUUAAAGAUAGGUAAUGGAUGGGCCUAAUUGAUCACUAUGUUAUUUGUACCAGGCAUCUUGAAUGUAUAGAAUAUAUUUUUAAAAUUUAAUAUAGUUCAACAAGUGGAUUUCUUAACCGCCUCAAAGAAUUGCCACAAAGACAAUCAUCAAGCAACAUUUUAAUGUGUGCCAUUGACUACGCUCUGGAAUACUAGUUAACGAACAUGACGGGAACGUCUCCCUUUAUAGUGGUAGAUAUAAUUUGUUACAGACAGCUGGACAUCCUUUAUAGUGGUAGAUUUAAUUUGUUACAGACAGCUGGACAUCCUUUAUAGUGGUAGAUUUACUUUGUUACAGACAGCUGGACAGCCUUUAUAGUGGUAGAUUUAAUUUGUUACAGACAGCUGGACAUCCUUUAUAGUGGUAGAUUUAAUUUGUUACAGACGGCUGUACAGCCUUUAUAGUGGUAAAUUUAAUUUGUUACAGACAGCUGGACAUCCUUUAUAGUGGUAAAUUUAAUUUGUUACAGACAGCUGGACAGCCUUUAUAGUGGUAGAUUUAAUUUGUUACAGACAGCUGAACAUCCUUUAUAGUGGUAAAUUUAAUUUGUUACAGACAGCUGAACAGCCUUUAUAGUGGUAGAUUUAAUUUGUUACAGACAGCUGGACAGCCUUUUUAGUAGUAGAUUUAAUUUGUUACAGACAGCUGAACAUCCUUUAUAGUGGUAGAUUUAAUUUGUUACAGACAGCUGAACAGCCUUUAUAGUGGUAGAUUUAAUUUGUUACAGACAGCUGGACAGCCUUUUUAGUAGUAGAUUUAAUUUGUUACAGACAGCUGGACAGCCUUUAUAGUGGUAGAUUUAAUUUGUUACAGACAGCUGGACAGCCUUUAUAGCGGUAGAUUUAAUUUGUUACAGAUAGCUGGACAGCCUUUAUAGUGGUAGAUUUAAUUUGUUACAGACAGCUGGACAGCCUUUAUAGUGGUAGAAUCAAUUUGUUACAGACAGCUGGACAGCCUUUUUAGUGGUAGAUUUAAUUUGUUACAGACCGCUGGACAGCCUUUAUAGUGGUAGAUUUAAUUUGUUACAGACAGCUGGACAGCCUUUAUAGUGGUAGAUUUAAUUUUUUACAGACAGCUGGACAGCCUUUAUAGUGGUAGAUUUAAUUUGUUACAGACAGCUGGACAGCCUUUUUAGUGGUAGAUUUAAUUUGUUACAGACAGCUGGACAGCCUUUAUAGUGGUAGAUUUAAUUUGUUACAGACAGCUGGACAUCCUUUAUAGUGGUAGAUUUAAUUUGUUACAGGCGCCUGGACAGCUUAGGUUUUCACGUGUUUGCUGGAUGUCUGACACAAGAUGGAAGGGAAUAUUUGGCCAAGAACUGCUCCAAACGUCUGGUCACCGUACAGCUUGAUGUCAGUAAAGCUGAGAGUGUUGAGGCGGCCUUGGAACUGGUCAAGCGGACGUUGCCUCAGAAUAGAGGUCGGCUAAGCAGCUCACACAUCCGAAUAGCAUUUAGUCAAAAUGGAACCGGAUACGCAUCGCCCCUAUUCGGACCCGGGUCCCAUUCGACCAAAUACUAUUCGGAUAUCAUUUGUGGUAGUUUAUUUUAGUUCAACUGAAGAAUUAAGUUUACAAACAUAUAGUCCAUUCAGUUAUCUUUCAUUUGAUACCAAAAUUUGUCUUACAACGUAACACUAACAAUAAUAUAUAUAUUUUAAAUUUUUAAUCCGAACCUCUCACUUCUUGGACCCGGGUCCGAAUAGCCUCCAAUAAAUAAGUUCAGGGGUUAGAAUAAAGAGUUUGCAAAUAAUUAAUUUAUGAGGAAAACAAACUGUUUUAUUUAAAAAUGUUUAGUGAACAUUUCGUUAACAUUAAUUAAAAUUCUUAUGUUGAAUAAAAUUACAUGUAUAUAUAUAUACAUAUUGUAUGGCAUCUUUCCGUCUGCGGGAGACGAUAGAUUAUCUUUAUUGCUUGCAGCUCUUGGUGUGGCUGGUGAGACCAAUCCUCGAAUGGCAGUCUCUGUUACAUUUCCCACACACGAAUGAGGUGGAGCAGUAUUUACCUGCCUUCCUCCUCGCUCUUUUUGCAGCUGUUUCCGCCUUGUUUUGCUCCUCGGCAUGUAGUGCUCCUGCCUUGACGAUGCCCCGCCAUGAGGAUCGAUCCUCUGCCAGCUGCUCCCAAUUUGAGAUGUCGAUGUUGGCCGACUUCAAGUCUCUUUUGCAUAUGUCUAAGCAUCUCAGACGAGGCCGUCCAACUGACCUUUUCACUGUCGCCAGCUCGCUGUAUAGCAAUUCCUUUGGUAUGCGACCAGGUUGCAAUUUCUUGACGUGUCCAAGCCAGCGGAGGCGUCUUUGGAUUAACAUGGCUGGGACGCUACACAUGUUUGUUUGGGACAGGACAUCCGUGUUGGGAACUUUGUCUUGCCAUUUAAUGUCAAGGAUGUGGCACAGACAUCUGAGGUGGAAGCCACUGAGCCUUCUUUCGUGGUUAGAGUAUGUGGUCCACGACUCACAUCCAUACAGAAGUGUGCUCAGUACGCAGGCCUGGUACACCUGCAGCUUAGUUCUUUUUGUGAGUCUGGCGUUUGACCAGACUCUUUUCUUAAGUCUGGCCAUAACAGUUGCGGCCUUCCCUAUCCUCCCACUUAUCUCAUCCUCCAUUGAGAGGGUGCUCGAUAUGUUGGAUCCCAGAUAUGUGAAACUGUCAACAGUAUCCAAGUCGUAGUCGUCGAUGGCGAUAGUGGGGAGGGAGUCAGCGCCCUGUGCCAUAAUGUUAGUUUUCUUUAGGCUAAUUGUCAGGCCAAACUCUUUGCAGGCAGUGGAUAGGCUGGAUACGAGGCUCUGCAGGCCGUCAGCUGUGUGAGAUACCAAAGCGGCAUCGUCCGCAAACAAGAACUCCCGCAGCAUGACCUUUCUUGUUUAAAACGUUAGCUCUAAGGCAGGCAAUGUUGAAUAAUUUGCCGUCAUCUCUAGUGUGGAUGUAUAUCCCCUCGCUGUUGUUCUGAAAGGCAUACUGGAGUAGGAUGGAGAAAAAGAUUGCAAAUAAAGUAGGAGCCAGCACGCAACCUUGCUUAACUCCACUACUCACUGGAAAAGCUUCUGAGGCGGCACCGUUAUAGCACACUGUGCCCUGCAUGUUUUCGUGGAACUGCUUGAUGAUGUUAAGCAGUCGUGUAGGGCAGCCUAUCUUUUUGAGGAUCUGAAACAGGCCGCUUCUGCUGACAAGAUCAAAAGCCUUAGUGAGGUCGACAAACGCAAUGUAUAAAGGCAUAUGUUGCUCCCUGCACUUCUCCUGCAGCUGGCGCAGAGAGAAGAUCAUGUCUAUGGUUGACCUACCGGCGCGAAAACCACAUUGCGAUUCUGGGAGUACACGCGAUGCUAGGGUCUGUAGGCGUGUUAAUGCAACUCGGGCGAAAGCCUUCCAACUAUGCUGUAUUACAGAUGUGAAAUUUAAUCUUUAAAAUUAUUUAUAUUCUUUUUUUUUUUUAUUUCACGAAAAUACAGUUCAGUGGCGUAAACAAAUAGGGCAUACGAUUGUUUUUUCCAUUUGCGCAAAUUACAGCUUAGAGACAGGAGAUUUUUUUAAUGAACUUUAGAAUGUCUCUUUAAACACCAAAAAAACAAAAAAACAACUGUUUCAGACGUGACAAUAUGUUAACAGAUGAGUCUUUAAAUAUUAAAGUUCAUUUUUUAAACGAUUUUCCGAUUACAUAGAUCAAGAGCAAUGCAUAUUUUGGGUAAAUUUUAAAUGAAGAUACUAAUAAAUUAAAACCCGUUAGUGUUAGAGAUAUAUGAAAUGAUACAUAUAUUUUUAAGCAUAUGUUUUUAUACUUUUUAGAAACAUGUUGUUGUUGUUCGGAGGCUUGAGCAAGGGGUUGUCAUGUCUAGAUUAUUUAGAAGAUACAAUUGACAAACCCCAAUGAUGUAAGAGACGUAAAUAUUAAUACAACAUUUUUCUUUAAAAAUUAACGUGAAUCUCCUUGAUUGUUUUCUAAAUAAACAUUUCAAGGGCGUUGAAAAUUGUCGUAUUUUUAAAUAUUUGUUUUGAAAAUGCAAUACAUUAAAAACCGGUUUCAGUAACAUACGUGGAAAAUUGGAUGUAAAGAUGUUAAAACGUCGCAAUAGCAGGUGGAAAGUAGCGAAAAAAUGCCUUCCUUUACGACGCCGAUAACACCGGGUCAUAUAUUCUAGUUCUGUACGAAUCUAACAUAAUUUUAAUAAUUUGUUGUUUACAAGUAAAUGUUUCAAAUUUGCAUGCUCUAUUACUUAUGACGCUUACAAUGGUUUCUAUGACAAAGUACGGAAUAAUGUAUACACAUUAUGGAUACUUGGUUUAGUGGUAAGUUAUAAAUAUAUGCACAUUAUGGACGCUGGUUUCAGUUGUAGGUUAGUAAUAUUUGUAAGCGCCACCGCUUUCCAUGUUGUUCUCUAGCCCACUACAAUAAAUACACGUCAUUUAUGUUCCUUGCCAGGACUUUGGGGAUUGGUGAACAAUGCCGGCAUAACUGGCAAUAUGUCGGUGAGUGAGUUGUGCACAAGGGAAGACUACGUCACUGCCCUGAACAUUAAUUUGCUUGGACUGAUUGAAAUGACGAGGACUUUCCUCCCCUUGAUCAGAGUAGCAAAGGGGAGGGUGAUCAACAUGGCCAGUAUUUGUGGCAGGAUCGCCAUCUUCGCUCCUCCUUACACAGUUUCCAAGUUUGGUGUUGAAGGUUAUACAGAUCUUCUCAGGUUAGUAGUAGGUGUUGAAGAUUGUUCACAUCUUCUCAGGCUAGUAGUAGGUGUUGAAGAUUGUACACAUCUUCUCAGGUUAGUGGUGGGUUUGAAGGUUGUACAGAUCUUCUCAGGUUAGUGGUGGAUGUUGAAGGUUGUACACAUCUUCUCAGGUUAGUGGUGGAUGUUGAAGGUUGUACACAUCUUCUCUUUUAGUGGUGGAUGUUGAAGGUUGUACAGAUCUCAGGUUAGUGGUGGGUUUGAAGGUUGUACAGAUCUUCUCAGGUUAGUGGUGGAUGUUGAAGGUUGUACACAUCUUCUCAGGUUAGUGGUGGAUGUUGAAGGUUGUACACAUCUUCUCUUUUAGUGGUGGAUGUUGAAGGUUGUACAGAUCUCAGGUUAGUGGUGGGUUUGAAGAUUGUACACAUCUUCUCAGGUUAGUGGUGGGUGUUGAAGAUUGUACACAUCUUCUCAGGCAAGUGGUAGGUGUUGAAGGGUCAUAGAGAUCUUAUUUGUGUCCACUAAAACACGUGUUGACUUUUGUCUCUAGACGAGAGCUGUAUUUGAGGGGUGUCAGUGUCAUCUUGUUAGAGCCAGGAGCAUUCAUGACCCCCAUCUUCAACGUGGAGAGACUCACUGAACAAGUGCGAGUCAGCUACAAUAAGGCCACCUCUGAAGUGAAGGACACUUACGGUGAUGUGCCAGCCAAAUGUAAGGGCCUGGGAUUCUCAGUUCAUCUAGUCAUGGGUUUUAUUUUCCUUGCAAAGAUUCAAUACUUUGUUAAUCACCGAGAACUUAUUGAAUUCCAUAACUGAAAGGUUAUCUUUCAUUGUAAAUGUUAAAGUUGUGUACACAAGAUCUUAUUGAUUUCCAUAACUGAAAGGUCAUCUUUCAUUGAAAAUGUUUAAGCUUUGUACAAAUGAUCUUUCUUUGUCUACAGUCAAACUGGGGAUAGAAAAGGUUAUAGAAUGUGGCUCAUCGGACACCAGCCUCGUUGUGAACUGCUACGUGCACGGACUAACCUCAAAAUAUCCUAGGACGAGGUACAUAGUUGGUCAUGACGCCUUAGUGACCUACCUUCCACUGUGUUAUUUGCCCACCAGAAUCAGUGAUUGGGUUCUGCGGUGCGUUUAAAAAGAUACAUUGUCAGCUGGAAUAAUUCAUUCGCCUAUGUUCUAAAACUAUUUAAAAACAAAUAUUCAAUUACAUUGAAACAAAGAUAUUUUUUUUUAAAUAUGCAGAAGAGUGUUACCAAAUAACAUAACCUAUUUAUAUUUCAAUACUAUAAUAUUGAUCUAUGUAGGUUUGCUUGAAACUCUCUAAAAAGUCCAAAUUAGGAUAAAGUAAGUAAAUAAAAACAUUCGACG